UUGUUUGACGGCUUUUUUGGUGGGUUGAUUGAUGGCCUUACUGGUGGAUUGUUUGACGGCCUUAUUGGUGGAUUGUUUGGCGGCCUUACUGGUGAGUUGUUUGGUGGCCUUACUGGUGGGUUGUUUGGCGGCCUUGCUGGUGGGUUGUUUGGUGGCCUUACUGGUGGCCUUACUGGUGGGUUGUUUGGCGGCCUUACUGGUAGUCUUUUUGGUG